GAUUGAAUGAUCAUUUGGACAUCAUUUAGACAUUAACUACAAUUGACUCUUAUUUGUGCGACAAUUGAUUGUGAUUUACAAACCAAACAACAGAUCAUAUAAUUGUUGGACUCAUUGCUAUCUAUAGCGAGCGAUGGGUUCAUCGAGUGGUGUAACGAGAGGUCAAUUGCGGCCACACUUUUCAGCCCGAAGUCCGCCCUUUGUUUUGGCCGCUCUUUGCGUCAGUUUAGGAAUCCUUGGAAUCAGUUAUUGGAGUCUUUCUCAAGAGUAUAACCAAUUGGAGGGACAGCUGAAGAAGACUUUGAUCCGCAAAGACUCCAUCGAAAAUGAUUUGACUUUUAUUCAGAAACAAUUGAAUCAAAGGGAAGAAGAGUUCAGUCGAGCGAAGCAAACGCUGCAGAAGAAGGACGAAGACUUGACCGGAUCCAAGACUGACAUCAAAGCUAAGGCCGAAGAACUACACGCUAUGCUCUCAAGAGUGGAUUCACUCAAAGACAGCAAUGACAAAUGCAAUGAAGAGCUGAACAGUAAGUCCAGGGAAUUGUCGGAUGCGUUGAAUAAAAUGAAUGAAAUGCAACAAAAAGAUGCCAAAAAUGAUGAUAAAAGUGAGGCAUUGAAUCAAUUAAGAGAUGAAAAUAAACGAUUGGAAACACAGUUACAAGAAUUGAGACAAAUGGAUUCUCUCGUCAAACCCAAUGCCGGCGACAAUCAAAAUGAGACACCAGAACAGGCAGUGAUUGCCAAACCUGUCAAAGAAAACCAAUUGCUUAACAAUGCUUUACCCGAAGAAGACCGCAAAGAAGAAGGUCUGGUCGACGCAAACGAGAAUGAAUUGGGAGACCAAUUGAAAGCCGACGGACCAAAUGAUCUCAACAAAGAAUCUGAAGAUACCAAACAAAAUAUACGAUAAAUAACAACAAUUUAUACAUCAGUUACCAAAUGAAUAGCCUAUUGUUAUGUUUAAUAAAUAGUAUUAAAAACAUUAGGUUAUAAUCAAUCAUAAAAUCAUUUUAUAACUCCCGUUACG